AUGCAUUCCCCCACGUCGUCUACGUCUUCCACUUCAUCACUCGACGCUCUACUCGAUGCAGACGGUUCACAUCAUUUGAUGUUGUCUCAAAUGACAGCGCAUCGCUUCAUGUACGGUCGUAACGUCAUUCAAGUGCCGUUUAAACAGCCAGAGUCGAAUGAAUACGUGACUUUGGUCCUUUCUCAACUUGAAUUCGACACGAUGGCAGUACAUAUUCCUCAAUACGAAGACUUACCACCUGAGGAAGUACUAGAGCGUAUCACUCAACUGCUGCAUGAACAAACAAGUAAAACGUACCUUCGUGGAAGUACAAGCGAUGCAAUAAUCUCGAAUGAACAAGGUGAUUCGCUUGCUGCAUUCCAAAGUCGUCUCUUAGAGCUUGAAUACGAGCGAAAGCGUCUUUAUAUUAAAUGGAAAGGUGCGAAAGCGCUUCAAUUAAGUCUCACAGAAGAGAAUACUGCGCUUCGUGUGCAAUUGGAACAAGCGGAACAACAGGAAGUUGAAUUCGAAGAAUUGGUACAGAAGAAUGAGUUGUUACAGUAUCAGACGCUGCACUUAGGGAGUGCUAUUGUCAAAUGGAAGACUGUAGCUGAUUGUACAGUUCAAGAAUUACGAAAGGUGCAGCAAGAAGUUGCAGCGUUAAAGGAACAGGUCAAGCACGAUUUUAAUGAUCUCAUGAGUACAGUACAGAGCGGAAUGAGUACGCUAGAAGAGCAAGUAACGCGACGAGAAUCUUUGCUACAACAGAAUUAUGUUGCUGAGAAGAAAGAGCGAACAAUGAUGUUGGAAAAGUAUUACGAACUGUCCGGACGAAUUCGAGUUUAUUGUCGCGUUCGACCUAGUCGAACAGCAAAUGAGGGUAAGACACUGGCGGUAGAAAUUCCACGACCGAAUAAUUUACUGGUUACGAGCUCUCAAAAAGAAUUUGCUUUCGAUCAAGUGUUUGGACCACAGUGUACGCAGCAAGAAGUGUACGCAGAGUUAAAUCCACUCGUUGCAUCGUUCAUGGAUGGAUACAAUGCGUGCAUUUUGGCGUACGGACAGACCGGAUCGGGCAAGACACAUACGAUGGUUGGAAGUGAAGACGGACUGUUGGAAGAUCUUAUAAAUGGGCGGAUGGUUCAUGCUGGUGCUGGAAUGAUUCCACGCGCGUUGGAGCAUGUAUUUAGCGUGGUACAAAAGCGACACGUGAUGUAUCAAGAUUCACUUCGUGUGAGUAUGGUUGAAAUCUACAACGAUCAGAUUCUCGACCUGUUGCAUGAAAGCAACGCUGGAACAGGUCAGAACGUAGUUGUGAAAUCUGAGAAGGAAAUCACGGCUCGUGACGUUGAAUCAUAUGAUCAAGUGAAUGCUGCGAUACGUGAUGGAAACGCUCAUCGGAAUAUUGCAGCGACUAAGAUGAAUGUAGAGAGUAGUCGAUCUCAUGCGCUUGUGUUCUUGCAUCUUAAAAGUCAGCACCGAGAGACGCGCGAGGUGCGAAUGAGUACUUUGUGUUUGGUGGAUUUAGCUGGCUCUGAACGCAUUGCACGUAGCCAAGUGGAAAAUGAUCGAUUGCGAGAGACGCAACAUAUUAACAAGUCGCUCGCUGCUCUUGGAGAUGUUGUGUAUGCACUACAGCACAAGGCUAAACAUACGCCGUUUCGUAAUUCAAAGCUCACGUAUAUGCUACGGGAUAUGCUGUCUGGACAAGCAAAGACAUUAGUGAUGUUGCAAGUGAGUCCUGAUGCUGUAGACGCUGAAGAGACGACGUGCUCAUUACAAUUUGGUGCACGUGUAAGUCAAGUUCAGAUGGGAGCAAUCAAGCCAAGUGUUGAAACUGGUGCUCUCUUUAGGCUUCAAGAAGAGAAUCGGGUGCUUGAAACAAAAAUACAGACAGCAGAGGCACAGGUGAUUAAAUUGCAGCAACAGUGUCAACAGUUUGAACAUGAAUUAUAUGACGCACAGAGCAAUAACGAGGCGUUUAAACGACACUUGUGGUAUCUUGACGAAAGCCAGCAAGCUUUACAUGGCUUUAAAACGGAUGGUACAAUACAAGAGGCUUCUUUUCAACCGCUUUCACGGCCAUCAAGCCCUACGCUGUCAGCCAAAUCUAGUCGCAGUGCUGCGUCGACGACUUCAGCGCGAUCGAGCCGUUCAGUGAGGUCAGUGCAGUCAACAACUUCAUCAUUGCAAAGAGCUACCUUUUACCGAUCCCAAAAAUCACCUGUGUCGAAACCUGCUCUCAAUUUAGUAGUGUCAGAUUCGGCGCAAAAAUCCUCAGCCGUCCCUCGGCUUCAACGCCUUAAAGCAAAGGAUGAGCGUUUCGAACGAUUCGACUUGAAUGAUGAAAAGGUAGAUUCAUACCAACGUCGCAAGUCGCUAACAGCAGGUCAAACUGCCGUCAAAGAGUAUCAUUGCGAGUCGGGGUCUCCGCUUCAAUCGCGUUCACAAUCCGGCACGACAACGUCUCAAUCUCUACGACGGAAUGAUGUCAUCUCGGCAGAGUGUCAAAAGCCGCUGAAUCCUUUCAAGACAGCAAGUCCUCCCGCCCCGACAUCUGCUAGACAGCAAGCUUCAGCAGGUUGGUUAUCGAAAAAGACGGUAGCAUCGACAAAAUCUCCCGUUUCGUCUUCAAAAUCAUCGCUCGAUACACGCACGUUGCAUCGUGCCGCUUCAGCACCGUCAAAACCUCCUGUGUUUGCGUCGUCGAGAGCCGCGAUAGGACCUGCAAAAUAUGGUACCGAGCCGCGUCGCGCUUCCUUGAAAAGCACUCGUACCUCGCUAUCGUCUGCGUUAGGCACCUCAGCACGACGAGCGCUGGCUAGUUCGCACACGGGCUCAUGUUUCAUGCACAUUGAAUUUGCUACAUCAAAUGAUUUGGAGGAAAACACAUUUGAUGGUAACCUAAGCCAGCAAGCUGUGCAUCAUAUGAUGGAUGACCCAGCAGAGAAAUGUUUAAUCUGCGAUUGCCGCUUAAGAAAUCGGUCAAGACAGUGCAAUCACGCAUCAUGCGAUCCAUUCCAAGCGUUGUUGCCUCUGUAG